GUCGUUAGAUAGAGACGUUGGUCAGUUCAGCGGACCUGCCCGGCUUGAGGCCGAAUCCAUCCCGAAGUUAUCUCUUUUCACAGGAUGGGGAGCAGCAAGGAUGAUGACUCCGAUCCUACACUGGGUAGCACAAAUGGUGAAAAAGAAGAAGAUGAACUACCAUCACCCUUUCAGUCUCGUCUGUUCUUGGCGUGUUUGGGGAUUUUUGUUGUCCUGGCAGCUGGAGCAAUCAUCUACAUGGGCAUAACGAUGACAGUGCAACAGGACAGUAUCAAUUACCUUACAACAGAAAAGAAGAAACUGAUUAAGGAAAAAAAGAUGAUUAAGUUCCGCAGGUUGGACCAAAUGAGCCAAGAGGGAGAGGAGAUGUUCAGAAAUAAAGAGGAGCUGGACCGAGUGAGAGCUGAGAUGAGUCGGGCGAUGGAAGACAUAGGACAUCUGAGUGCAGAAAAGGAAAAUGUUUUGCUCAAGAGAGACACUCUGAGUCAACUGAGAGCGGAGCGUACCAAAGUGAGCCAAGUGAAAGAUGAGCUGAGCCAGGAGAAACAUAAGCUGAAUCUAGAGAGAGAUGAGCUGACCCAACAGAUUAAUAAGCUGAGCCAAGAGAGAGAAGAGCUGAGGGAGAGUCUGGAAUUCAUCCAGAAGUUUGACACAUUUUCAGUUAAAGACAACUGCCUCAACAAAAUAUGUAAGCCCUGCACAGGUGACUGGAUUCUCUUCAAGAAAAAAUGCUACCUGUUUUACGACAAACCAGCUCCUUGGAAGACCUGGGAAGAAAGUCGAACGCUCUGUAAGAAAAGAGGAGCAGAUUUGGUUGUUAUUAAUGAUCUGGAGGAGCAGGAAUUUGUCAGUAAACAUAUCAAGUACUACCAUAGUGAAUACCAUGGAUACUGGAUGGGAUUACAGAAAGUUAACAACACCUGGACCUGGGUUGAUGGACAAAGAGACACUCUAGGGUUCUGGGCGAAGAACACGGUCACCAGUCCGGGACCAAAAGCUCUGGUGAUUCCAAGUCAAAAUCCCUCAGAGAGCUGGAAGAAAGAAAACAAUGUGUUUAUGAACAAAUUCAUCUGUGAGCAUAAGGCUCGACUGAGGUCCAACUGACCGACUGUCCUCUGAAAGUUUCAUGCAGGAAUGCUCAACUCUGUCGUGAAUUUCUAUAUACAAGUCACCAUCACCUUAA